AUGGCGAUUGCUUUGGCAGAAGCGGACAAGUAUGAAAUCUUGGAGAAGAUUGGGUGCGGUUCAUUCGGCAUCAUCCGCAAGGUUAAGCGAAAGUCAGAUGGAUUCAUCCUGUGCCGAAAAGAGAUCAAUUACAUCAAAAUGUCUCAAAAGGAACGCGAACAGCUCACCGCCGAAUUCAACAUCCUCAGUUCCCUUCGACACCCGAACAUCGUUGCCUACUACCACCGUGAACACCUGAAGGCGAGCCAGGAUCUCUACUUGUACAUGGAAUACUGCGGUGGUGGUGACUUGAGCAUGGUCAUCAAGAACCUCAAAAAGGCAAACAAGUUUGCUGAGGAGGAAUUCGUUUGGCGGAUUUUGUCGCAAUUGAUCACUGCUCUGUUCCGCUGCCACUAUGGCUCCGACCCUGCGGAAGUUGGAUCGAAUAUUCUUGGCGCACCUCCCAAGCCAUCUGGGUUGAAGGGUAAACAGGGACAGGUUACCAUCUUGCACCGUGAUCUCAAGCCUGAGAAUAUUUUCUUGGGUACUGAUAACACUGUCAAGCUUGGUGAUUUUGGCCUCUCUAAGCAAAUGCAGUCGCACGACUUCGCAUCCACCUAUGUCGGAACCCCCUUCUACAUGUCACCCGAAAUCUGUGCUGCCGAGAAGUACACUCUUCGCUCUGAUAUCUGGGCUGUUGGAUGCAUCAUGUAUGAGCUUUGUGCAAAGGAGCCUCCCUUCAACGCCCGCACACACAUCCAAUUGGUCCAGAAAAUCCGCGAAGGGAAGUUUGCUCCUCUGCCAGACUUCUAUUCCCCAGAACUGAAGAAUGUCAUCGGAAGCUGUCUGCGGGUCAACCCCGAUCAUCGCCCGGACACUGCUGCGCUCAUCAAUCUCCCCAUCAUUCGCCUCAUGCGAAAGGAGAAGGAAGUUGUUGACCUUGGCCGUACCUUGCGCCGUCGAGAGGAGGUGGCAGUUCAGAAGGUCCGAGAAAUGGAGCAGAAUCUGGCCAAAAUUGAAAAGGAGAAGCAACAAGUGAAGGCUGAGAUCGAAAGCACUGUUCGACGAGAAUGGGAAGUCAAGGCUCGUCUGGAGAUUGACAGACAGGUUCAAGCCGAACUCGACAGAUUGCGAAAGCGAUUUGAGACUGAAGUCCAGGAACGGGUUGCGUUGGAAUUGCAGAAGGAGAAGAGCAAGAGGAACACCAACCCUAAUGAUGUCUUCCGGAACAGCAUGCAGGCCUUGAGCUCAUCUCAGUCCCACUCAUCUCGUCACACCAGUCGUACCACUCACAAUUCUGGCGUUUCUUCGGAUGAUAGCGAUAGUUCUGCCAAUACUGUUGUCAGUCAGGUCAUGCCUGAGUCUCCAACCUCCAAUGGCCGUAAGAAGCCAAAGCGCGAGGCUCGUACUCCCUUUUGUCGCUCUAAAACUACUGUGGUGGAUUCCCCCAUGGAUGUUCAAAUGGCUGAGCCUUCUCCCAUCUCAAUUGCUUCACUUUCGCUUUCUCCUCGACGUACAUCUGCCACCGCCAGCUCUGGUCGCAACAUCUUUGCUGAGGCUGAGCGUAAUAAGGCCAAGUGGGAACCCACACUCGCACACUCCGAUGAUGAGGACGAUACCCCCGAUUUGCCAUCACCAACCCGCCCAAAGGUGAAGCCGGACCCAUUCAAGGCGCCUUCCCGACCUCUUUUACGACAGAACACCGCAACCCUAAUGCAGAAGCUCAGCACACAGCCUCCGCUUUUCCCGUCCAAUAGCUCUCGCCUUCCUCAAAUUCCCCCCCACCGUCGUCUCUCUAAGAUUCCUUCAUCUGCCAACCUGGCCGCUGAUGCUGGCUCUGGCUCGCCUACUCGCAAGAAUAGCUGCAAGCAAAGCCCCACCAAGGGCAACGGUGGAGGUGAAGAGAUGUUCAAGGCUGUAAUGCAGCGCAACAUGGGCGGUCGUACCCUUGUGGAACUCGCUCAGGCUCGGGCUGGUGGUCGUCCCAUGGAUGAAGUCAAGCGAUGUGCUAGUGACUCCCGCGCUACUGCUCCUAUGUCUCUCAAGGUUUCUGAGCGUGAUCCCCCUGCUAUCUGGGACCCUGAGCGUGAUGAGAUGCCCAGUCCAUUCUUGGCUCGCGGAAAGAAGAUUAUCCGCAACUUGCGAUAA